GUAUCAAUUUAAUCCUCAUCUUGUUAACGAACAAGUUAUAAACAAUAUACUUGUAAAAUCUCUUACUGCCAUACCAAAUCCCGAUUUUAAUUUAUGUCUGUAUUUAUUACAUGAGAAUGCACUUGCUGAUGAGAGCGUGGCUAAGUUAGUUGAAUUACAACAAUUAUUGGAACAAUGCAAGUAUCAAGAAUUUUGGAAAUUGUAUGAAUCAGAUGAUUCAUAUAAAGAACUUACAAGUGAUGCAAUAGGGUUUGAAGAUGCAAUACGAAAAGUUAUCUUAACAUCAAUUUCUAUGACAUAUCAAAGUAUUUCGGCAGAGUUAUUAAGCAAUUAUCUCAAUUUAAGCAUAAAUGAUGAAGAAUUUGAUUCAUUUAUUCAAACUCGUAGCCUUGUUAAUAAAGAUGGUAUUGUAUUAGUACCUACAAAUUACGAUAAUGAAGCGAAACCAACUGUGAUUAGAGAAAAUAUUAAAUUUGAACAACUCACAAAAGUCAUUGGUUAUUCCAAUGAAUUGUAA